AUGUCUGAAAAGACUGAAGAUCAGCAACCACACCACCACCAGCAGAUCAGCGGCAACAUCACGUCGCUUACGGUUGAAGAGCUCUAUGAUAAGGACAAAUUUGACCUCUCCACCAUGGAGCAAGGUGAUGUCCUUACUCUCUUGCAAACAAGCAAGGAGGGCUUGACAUCGGAUGAAGCUGCUCGUCGUAUCGAAAAGUUUGGUCCCAACAAGCUUGAACAAAAGGAACAAAAUCCCUUUUUGCAAUUCCUUAGCUUCAUGUGGAAUCCCCUUUCAUGGGUCAUGGAAGCUGCUGCCAUCGUCUCUAUCGCAUUAGCUAACGGUGAAGGCCGUCCACCAGAUUAUCCUGAUUUCAUUGGUAUCGUUUUGCUAUUACUUGCCAACUCGUUGAUUGGUUUCUAUGAAGAACGCCAAGCCGGUAACGCCGUCAAAGCGCUCAUGGAAUCACUCGCUCCCGAAUGUAAGGUGAAACGUAACGGCGAAUGGCAUACCAUGGAAGCAGCAGAACUUGUGCCUGGUGAUGUCAUUAAUAUUAAGCUCGGUGAUGUCGUUCCUGCUGAUGGUCGUCUUCUUUCGGCCCAUGGUCAAGUGUCCAUUGAUCAAGCUGCUCUUACGGGUGAAUCUCUUCCCGUUGGCAAGGAAGCUGGUGAUGAAAUCUUUUCUGGUUCCACUGUCAAGCAAGGUGAAGCUGAAGCUGUUGUCAUUGGCACUGGUCUCAACACCUUUUUCGGUCGUGCUGCCAAGCUUGUUGGUGACGCUGGUGAAGAUGUUGGCCACUUGCAAAGCAUCUUGACAAAGAUUGGUAACUUUUGCCUUGUCUCCAUUGGUAUCUUUGUCGUUAUCGAAAUCCUUGUCAUGUAUGCUGCUUUCCGUUACAGCUAUCGUCGUGGUAUUGACAACUUGCUUGUGUUGCUCAUUGGUGGUAUUCCUAUUGCCAUGCCUACGGUGUUAUCGGUUACCCUUGCCAUUGGUGCUAAGCAAUUGGCUGAACAUAAAGCCAUUGUCACUCGUAUCACUGCUAUUGAAGAAAUGGCUGCUGUCACCAUUCUUUGUUCCGACAAGACCGGUACAUUGACCUUGAACAAGUUGAUUGUCGACAAGCCCACUAUUAAAACGUAUGCCAAUUAUAACGGCGAUGAGAUCAUUCAACUAUCGGCAUUUGCAUCACGUACCGAAAAUCAGGAUGCCAUCGAUUUUUGCAUUGUCAACUCACUUCCUGAUCCCAAGCUUGCACGUGAUGGCAUUGAGGAGCUCGAAUUUAAGCCUUUCAACCCCGUUGUCAAGCGUACCGAAAUCACAUACCGCGUCAAGGAAGAUGGAUCCGUGCGUCGUGUCACCAAGGGCAUGUCACACACCAUUUUAGAUUUGUGUACCCGUGACAAAACAGAAGAACAAAUCAAGGCUCUCAAUGAUGAUGUCGAUGAAUUUGCUCGCCGUGGUCUUCGUGCUUUGGCUGUUGCUGUUGACGAGGUGCCUUCAGGUGAUGUUGAAGGUGAAGGCAAAGGUUUCCGCCUUAUUGGCUUGCUUCCCAUUUAUGAUCCUCCUCGUUCGGAUACCAAGGAAACGAUCGAUCGCUCCAUUGCUCUUGGUGUUCAAGUCAAGAUGAUUACUGGUGACCAACUUGCUAUUGGCAAGGAAACCGGUCGUCGUCUUGGCAUGGGUGACAACAUGUUUUUAUCCAAAACACUCAAGGAUGGUCCACCUCCUGGCUCUGGUUACACUAGCAUUGAUGACAUGGUUCUCCAAGCUGAUGGCUUUGCUGGUGUGUAUCCUGAACACAAGUACGAGAUUGUCGAACGUUUGCAAGCUAUGGGCCACAUGACUGCCAUGACGGGUGAUGGUGUGAACGAUGCACCUGCCUUAUCAAAAGCCAAUGUUGGUGUUGCUGUUGCCGAUGCAUCUGAUGCCGCACGCUCUGCUGCUGAUAUUGUAUUGACCGAACCUGGUUUAUCAGUCAUUGUUGAAGCUAUCAUUGGUUCUCGUCAAAUUUUCCAACGUAUGCGUAACUAUGCCAUUUACGCUUGUUCUAUCACCAUUCGUGUUGUUGUCGGCUUUGCUAUUCUUUGCUUUGCAUUCGAACAUGAUUUCCCUCCCUUCCCAGUGCUUAUUAUUGCCGUGCUCAAUGAUGGUACGAUCAUGACCAUUUCCACUGAUCGUGUUAAGCCAUCACCUUAUCCCGAUGCAUGGAAUCUCAAGGAGAUUUUCAGCUAUGCCAUCUUGUAUGGAUUGUAUCAAGCUGCCUCAACACUUGUUUUUGCUGCCGUCAUCUUCCACUCAACUUUCUUUGCCGACAAGUUUGGUGUUGAGCUUCCAGCCGAUGUCAAUGAUCAUAUUUACCAUUCGAUCAUUUACUUGCAAGUAUCCGUCAUGUCUCAAGCUUUGAUUUUCAUCACUCGUUCUCGUACUUGGUUCUUCCUUGAACGUCCAUCAGUGUAUUUGAUGCUUGCCUUUGUAAUUGCCCAACUUGUUGCUACGUUUAUUGCCGUGUAUGCCGAUUGGGGCUUCACUGCCAUGCGUGGUAUUGGCUGGAAUUGGGCAGGCAUUGUCUGGAUUUGGAACAUUGUCUGGUUCAUCCCAAUGGAUUUCUGCAAAUUCUUCAUGCAAUAUCUUUUCACGCCAAGAAACACCCUUCGCGAAAACAAGACUCCUUUGGCUGGUACCUCCUCUCGACGUGCUUCUGCUGUAUCAGGUACUGGCUCAGCUCGCUAUUACGCAAGCCGUACCAAGUCUCUCAAGUCACUCGAGCGUCCACGCAACUUUGGUGCUCGUCUCUUGAACAUGAACAAAAAGAUGAGCAUGGAUCAAAAGGAGAUGCGUCGAUUCUCCUCUGUUCAGACCAACCAUGCUGCUCAAGUCUUGAACUCGUAA